AUGGGAUUUUGUGAACACGACCUAACACAGAGCAUUGUACCCGCAGGAGGAUUUCACGAAAAGUCUCGCUCUACGAGCACAGGCGAGAAAUACGACCCAGAAACAGACACGUGGACCGAGAUCCCCAACCUUUCGCACCCACGUGGCAACUUCGUGCUUCAAGUGAUUGGCGACGCCAUCUACGCCUUCGGUGGUAUUCACGACAAAACGCCCAUUCGCCAAGUUGAGCGUUUCGACGGCGGGAGACAUGAAUGGGAAAAGCUUGCAGACAUGACGACUCCACUUAGAGAUGGUGUGUCGGCCUGCGUGGUCGAGCGACUUCCGAAUGUAGGCGACUACAUCCACAAACGCAAGCAUCAGUUGGUGGAGGAGGACGGACAGGGGAUUGAGGCCAAGUCCGACGCUCCUCUGACACCUAAAGGCGACGGGCAAGAAGACCAAGACCUCGACGAAUAUUGAAUACGAAAUUUGUGUUUUUGAAUAAUAGUAUUAGAACAAGUAUUAGAAAAGAAGAAAUCUAGAAAGUUCACUUGCUUCAAAAAAAUUCACAAGAAGUUUGUAUCA